CAUUGCAUAGACAUGUCUUUCAAACAGCACCUCGCUUCUGUACUGAGAAGUGCAACCAGAAAGAUGUGCCUGCAGCUUUGCGGAUUCCUGUUGAUCUGGGUUGUUACUCUCCCUAUGUCUUGGGCAUUCAACAUUGAUACCGCAAAUCCCAAAGUGUAUAAUGGGGAUCAAAAAGCUUUCUUCGGAUACCGAGUGCUUCAGUACAUGUCUGGCUCCAACAAAGGGGUACUUGUCACUGCACCUCUUCAGAAUAAUGGAUCCGGGGCAGUAUGCAAACUAGAUCACAGCCAAACUACUAAAUGCUUCAAACCACAAGGACUCUCAUUUGAAGACAAAGGGAUACAAGUCAAACAUCUUGGACUGUCCAUAGCCGAAGAUCUGAUAAACUCCCAAUUCACCGUUUGCAGCCCUUAUGUAGCUCACGAAUGUUAUGAGAACUCCUACCUGAACAGUGUCUGCUACAAGAUAACAGAAAAUCUUCAGCAGAUUUCCUCUUUCAAACCCCUUUUUCAAGAAUGCAGAAAAAAGACUGUCAACCUUGUCUUCCUCUUUGAUGGGUCGCGCAGCAUGACAGAUGAUGACUUCGAAAAAAAUAAAGAUUUCAUACUGGAUAUAAUGAGCAGCCUCAAAAACACAUCAAUCAAGUUUGCAGCAGUUCAGUUUGCCUCAACUUACAAGACAGUCUUUGAUUUUUUUGAAUAUGAAAAUGAGAGUGCACGCCAAAAACUUCAAGCGGAAAGUCAUAUGCGAAGUCUCACCAACACUCACCGAGCCCUGCGAUUUGUAUUGGAAAACCUCUUUGAGAAUAAAACUGCAGGUGCCUCAUCCGAUGCAACAAAGGUUCUGGUCGUGAUUACAGAUGGAAAUCCAAGUGACACUGAUGAAGACGCAAAUAUGAUUAUAAAGACCUAUACUGAAAAACAGAUCAUUCGAUUUGUCAUUGGGGUCAAUAUUGACAGCUUGGAACAAGUGGAGACCAUUGCCUCGGACCCAAAGGAAACAUAUGCUUUUAAAAUUGAGAAAUAUGAAGGGCUGACAAAAUUACUUGAAACCUUUCAAAAAUACAUAUUUAACAUAGAAGGAGACACCAAACUGGCACGGGCCCAAGAUAUCACCAAUGAGAUGUCACAGAGGGGAUUCAGUGCUGCAUUCUACAAAGACACCAUGAUUCUGGGUUCAGUGGGCUCAAACAGUUGGCGUGGUGCUCUGUAUGAGCAUCAUGUUCAAAAUGAGGCAGAAAUUAAAGAUUCACAAAUGCAGAUGGACUCUUACAUGGGAUACUCUCUAUCUGUAGGACAGGUGAACAGGGUUCCGCUAUAUUUCACGGGUGCACCAAGAUUUGAGCAUGUAGGACAAAUUGUACUCUUUGCACACAACGGGGACAGUUGGAAUGUAACCCAAAGAAUAAAUGGGCAACAGAUUGGCUCCUACUUUGGGGCAGAGCUUUGCACCAUUGACGUGGACUCAGAUGGGAAUAGCGAUUUUCUCCUGGUCGGGGCACCACUGUUUUACCACCCUCAGGAGAAGGCUGAGGGCCAGAUCUACGUCUAUACGCUGACUGAAGAGAUGCUGUUGAAAAGUGAAAUAAAUGUAACCGAACUGUCCAUGGGGAGAUUUGGUACCAGCAUAGCUAGUCUUGCAGAUCUGAAUGGAGAUGGGCUGCGAGACGUUGCAGUUGGGGCCCCUCUUGAGGAUGCUAACGCAGGGGCAGUGUACAUCUACUUAGGUGACAGACGCCAAGGGAUACGCAGUGUUUAUUGUCAGAAGAUCCUGGGGCAGAAAAUAAAACAUGGGAUAAGAUUCUUUGGACAAUCCAUAAAUGGAAACUUAGACCUGGGGGAUGACGCUCUCCCAGACAUUGUAGUUGGAUCGUAUGGGGCCGCUGUUGUCUUAAGGUCAAGGCCCAUUCUUAAUGUUACAGCUCGUCUGUCUUUUCAUCCUAAGGAGAUAAGCAUCGAUGAAAUUGAUUGCUCAGUCAAAACGGACACAAUUUUACCUAUGGUUAACCUAACAGCCUGCUUCGAAAUGGUUGAAACAACAAAGAGUACACCAGGAGCUGUGACGUUAGGACUGAACAUUUCGUACAAGCUUGAUGUGGAUCCAAAGAGACAAUCACACCGAGGUUUUUUCAGUCCAAGUGACGGGAAAUUGAGAAAUCGAACUUUUACCCAUGAGCUGCUGGAAAAAGAGACAUGCUUCCCGUUUCACGUCUACAUGCCAAAAUGUGUGAAAGACACACAGUCGCCUAUCAGCAUCAAAUUAAACUUCUCCCAAGUGGACAGUCACAUUGCAGAUGUUGUCCUGAAUGCGGAUGGCAAAACACAAACUGUCAUUGAGGUUCCUUUUGAAAAGCGAUGUCGAAAGAAUGACACGUGUAUUGCUGAAAUUGAAGUUGACUUCAAAAUCUCAACUACAACUUUACUGGUGGCUGAAGAUAAUUACUUCAAUAUGUCCAUCACAAUAGCCAAUCAUGGUGACGACUCCUACAACACUAGCCUAAUAAUCGACUAUCCCCCAGGCCUCUCCUUUUCGAGGAUAUCUCAGAUUAUCACAGAGGCCACAAGACCAACGCUCCACAACUUCGAUGAUAUGGAGGGAGUAACGGACAAAACCAUAUAUGGUGUCAGCCUUCCAGUCUAUCGCAGCAGAUCGUCAGCAACAUUUCAAAGUUUUUUCCACAUCAUAACAAACUAUCAGUGGAACGACACUAUUGCAAUUAGUGUCACUGGGAAAAGUGACAACAACAACUCCACUAUGUCUAAGAUGACCAGGACACUCCAGGUGCAAUUUGAAAUAAAAAUGGCAAUAACAGUGAAAAUGGACACCACCACUUAUUUGAAUUUUACAGACGAUGACACAGACGCCAAAAGAAUGCUCAUUAUGUAUAAGGUAGAUAACCCUGGCUGGAAGGCUUUUCCUGUUAAUGUGUCGCUGAUGUUUCCCACUAAACUCCAACACAGCUUUGAGAUGGAAAAUUAUCAAGUCUAUGUGAAACAGAAAAAAACACAGUGCAAGAGCAUUACUGGAAUUCAUUCUGAAUAUUGCUCGCCAGAAAAAUACUGCAAAAUCAUCGAGUGUGACACUUACAUCCUGGAAAAAGAAUCUUCGACUGAGUUUAUAUUGUCUGGAGACAUAAAAUUUAGCAAUCUUGCAGAGCGUGCACAGAAUAAGGCAUUUCUGAAAAGAUAUACCGGAGAUAGUGGCGAGGUUAAGUUUAAAAGCAUGAUACACGUCGAUUACGACAAACAACGAUAUGUCCUCGAGUCUUAUACACAGCAGAUCAAAGGAAUGGAACAGAAACUGACGGAUAGCAUGUGGAAAGACAGCGAUCCCACAAAGAAAUGGUCUGAAGUUCAUGUUGAAUUCAUCAUUUCACCUGAUAAACAAUUCAUAAUUUUAACUGGAACUGCACUUGGACUUUCACUUCUGAUUCUUAUUACCAUCAUUAUGUAUAAGCUGGGGUGCUUUAAGAGAAAAACAGUCCAAUACUAUCAAGAGCAGGAAGAAGGGGCUGCUCUUCAGCUGGGAGCCUGUGCCCAGAACGACGACCUGGGCAGCAUGUCUGAGGCCGACCCGCCCGCUGAGGAAAAAACACUUCUUGAAGGCAACCAAUUGGCUGAUCCAGAGUCAGCACUGGAAUAAAUGAUAAUUACUGGACGAUACAGUCAAGCAAUUUAUGGACAUAUGCAUCACUGUCAAAAGAACAGAUAAUAUAGUGGAAUGUAAAUAUCGUAUACUAUUAUUUUGUGGGAUUUAUUGUUUACUCUUUUGUGGUGGUUCAUUCUGGCUGAGGUUUCUGUCAAGGUUUUAUGUUAUGUCUUGAGUGAAUGUUUUCUCUAUCUCAUCAUCAAUGAAGCAAAUUGGCAUGACCCUGGAUGAGAUGAGUGACAUUCAUUGUCUGGACACUGAGUGAAAGUUAAUUACUCUGUCAUGCGACCUGACUGGUUGAUUCACCCAUAAUCUUUAUUCUUCUAUUACUAUAAAACCAAGAUAGUUAACUUGGACAAACAUUUAUUUGGAAUUGGCAAAGGCCAUUUCAGUGAUUUUGGCUUCAUUGAGCUCCUAAUGCCGUAUUCAACACCUCAGUGAAGGAUGUGAAGCUGCCUGGUUGAAUUUUUCUUUCAAGCUCACAAAUAGUCCCAGGAACUGCGUAGUGACAGAAAGGAAAAAGUUGCAGAUGCAGAUAUUCUAAAUUAGUUUGUUAGGCUCUGGGCUCCUCUUCAGUAGCUCAGCCAUGGAUUUUUGAUACAUCCCUUGUUUGGUGGGCCUUUCCAACUGAAAGACUCUCAAUGCAGAUCAUGGAAAGGGCAGAGGAACUUCGUCUCACAGGAGCCUUGGCUACAAUAUGUUCUCUAGGUGGAACUGACGAAAGGGCUUUAGGACAAGGAGGUUUGGACAACAACACCUGUAAUAUUGACCGAAUAUUGAUUGAAGUUAAUGCUGAAGAAUAUCCAAGUAAUAGAGUUGUCAUUCAUAAAAGUACUGAGUCCAGUGUAUUUUUCCCAUGUGGCUUCACAUGGGAAAAUUAGUUUUACAGCAGCAUACAAGAAAAACAAUACAACAUUUAUAGUGAACAGUCUUCAUUACGCAGCCUCAAAGCUGCUCCUUCGACGGGAUGUCAAGACCGACAGCUGUGAAGAAAAUAACUGUCAUCCAAAUUAAUUCAGACCAUAUUCACAAUUCCACAAAAAAAACAUUUUAUCGGGAUAAUCAGCGUAAGUAGCAUUGUAUCACAUAAUCUUGGCCAUCACUAAAUAUGAAACAUACGUGGUUUGUAGAAAAAUGAUGAGAAAAUGUCAAUUAUGCAAGAGCAGCUGAGGAAUAUAAAAUGAAUCAAAUAUGCAGCACACUGUGUACUUGUAU